AUGUCCAUCUGGGAUGCGCUUACUGGACGCAAGUCCUCGUCACAAGCCUCAACAUCGAGCGCGCCCGCUGCGCCCUCGGCGCCCCAGACCUCAACCACCUUCCAGCAGACUCCCUUCGAUCCCACUUCCGCCCAGGGCGUGGAAUCCUUCCUCGGAACCUCGUCCUUUUCCGACCCCUCACAACUACACCCUCUCGCCGGCCUAGACAAGGACACGCUAGAUUACCUCACCCUCGAAGAGUCAGCGCUCUCGGACCUGCCCGGCUCACAAUCAGCACUGCCGUCGCGCGGCUUCACUGACGACCUCUGCUACGGCACCGGCACAACAUACCUGGCGGGUUUGACGAUAGGAGGCGCGUGGGGCUUGCAAGAAGGGCUCAGGAAGUCGGUUGGCGAGUCGCCAAAGCUCCGGCUCAACUCGGUCCUCAACUCGGUCACGCGGAGGGGGCCGUUCCUGGGCAACUCGGCCGGCGUGGUCGCCAUCUGCUACAACUGCAUCAACUCGUACCUGGGCUACCUGAGGGGGAAGAACGACGCCGCCAACACGAUUGUCGCAGGCGUCCUCAGCGGCAUGCUGUUCAAGAGCACAAGGGGGCUUCGCCCGAUGAUGAUCUCGGGCGGUAUCGUGGGGUCUGUGGCCGGGGCUUGGGCUAUCUUCAGGAGGACCAUGUUCCCUAGCCAGGAGGCACAUGCUGAAGCUCACGCAACCCUUUAA